CCCACGCGGGGCGAUGCCUGCCUCGGGGCUGGAGCUGCUCUCGGCGCUGGCCACGGCGGCCGCCUGCCUGGUCUCGCUCUCUUUGCUCCUGGCCGCCGCCCAGCAGCUCUGGCAGCUCCGCUGGGCCGCCACGCGAGACAAGGCCUCCAAGCUCCCCCUGCCCAAGGGCUCCAUGGGCUUCCCCCUCGUCGGAGAGACCUGCCACUGGCUCCUCCAGGGCUCCUUCUUCCAAUCCUCGCGGAGGGAGAAGUACGGCCAGGUCUUCAAGACCCACCUGCUGGGGCGGCCCUUGAUCCGGGUGACGGGGGCCGAGAACGUGCGCACCAUCCUGAUGGGGGAGCACAGCCUGGUCAGCACGGAGUGGCCGCGCAGCACACGCAUGCUCCUGGGGCCCAACUCUGUGGCCAACUCCAUCGGGGACAUCCACCGGCACAAGAGGAAGGUCUUCUCCCGAAUCUUCAGCCACGAAGCCCUGGAGAGCUACCUUCCCAAGAUCCAGAUGGUCAUCCAGGACACGCUGCGGGCUUGGAGCAGCAACCCGGACCCCAUCAAUGUCUACCAGGAGGCCCAGAAGCUCACCUUCCGCAUGGCCAUCCGGGUCCUGCUGGGCUUCCGCAUCCCGGACGAAGAACUGGGCCACCUCUUUGAGGUCUACCAGCAGUUCGUGGAGAACGUGUUCUCUUUGCCUGUGGACCUGCCUUUCAGCGGCUACCGGAAGGGCAUCCGCGCUCGAGAGGCGUUGCAGAAGGGCCUGGAGAAAGCCAUCCGUGAAAAGCUGCAAAACACGCAAGGCAAGGACUACUCGGAUGCCCUGGAUAUGCUUAUCGAGAGUGGCAAAGAACACGGCAAGGAAUUAACAAUGCAGGAACUGAAGGAUGGUACCCUUGAGCUGAUCUUUGCUGCCUACGCAACCACAGCCAGCGCCAGCACAUCCCUGAUCAUGCAGCUCCUGAAGCACCCAGCUGUCCUAGAGAAGCUCCGGGAAGAGCUGCGGAGCAAGGGCAUUCUCCACAACGGCUGCCUCUGUGAGGGCUCCCUCCAACUGGACACCAUCAACAGCCUCCAUUACCUGGACUGUGUCAUCAAGGAGGUCUUGCGCCUCUUCACCCCAAUCUCUGGCGGGUACCGGACCGUCCUGCAGACCUUUGAGCUGGACGGCUUCCAGAUCCCCAAGGGCUGGAGCGUCAUGUACAGCAUCCGCGACACGCACGACACGGCCCCGGUCUUCAAGGACGUGGAUGCCUUUGACCCGGACCGCUUUGGGAAGGAGCGCUGCGAGGACCGGGACGGGCGCUUCCACUACCUCCCCUUUGGCGGAGGGGUCAGGACCUGCCUGGGCAAGCACUUGGCCAAGCUCUUCCUCAAGGCCCUGGCCAUCGAGCUGGCUAGCAUGAGCCGCUUCGAGCUGGCCACCCGGACCUUCCCUCGCAUCACGCUGGUGCCGGUGGUGCACCCGGUCGGCGGGCUCAAGGUCAAGUUCUUCGGACUCGACUCGAACCAGAACGAGAUCUUGACCGAGACGGAAACCAUGCUGGGGGCCACUGUGUGAGCCGCGUCUCCCGUUGGCUCCCCUCCCUUGGCCGCCCCCAAACGGAACAGGGCCCAAAACAGCUGCCGGACCGAGCCUCCGAGACACCUUUUCCCGCGGGACGUCUUUGGGCAAAGCCUUCUCGGACAGAGAUGCCAAAACUGAGGUGGCAUUUGAGCGCCAGGGAGGGAGGGAGGGGUAAAGGACCUCGGGCCAUCUCCACUUUUCCUUUCCUGGGUGCAGAACGGAGAGGAGCCGUCUUCACCGCAGAACGGAAACAGUAUAUAAGCAACUCUGAAAUGGAAGGAUUUCUGCUGCAAGGAGGACCUUGCACAACACCCCUGUGAGGCCUGGCUUCUCUCUUCUCUCUGUCCUCUGUCCGGCCACGACUUCGAAAGCAACAGUGUUAUUUUAGCCAGCGAGCUACAAGAGUGUUAGGGAAAUAAUAAUAGCGAUAGAAAUAAUGGUUUCCGAACAAAUUGUGUCUCUGACAAGGGGAUGCAGUUCAUAGACUCAUAGAAUCAAUAACAAUCGAAUGUUAAUCAAUAACAAUUUAUUAAGCGGGAUUAGCAAACGAAUCGACAUAAUCCUAGGAUCUUAGAGCUGGAGGGGACCCCCAAGGGCCAUCUAGUCUCACCCCAUUCUGCCAUAAAGGGAGGCACGAUCAAAGUCGCUCCAUAUUUAAACCUGGCUCUUGCGUCCUUAUGCUGCUCCUCGGAGGGAUUUGUAGUUCCCGGACCUUUGACCAUGUUGGUCACCCUUCGUAUUCUGCCUUCUUUAGCCACUCAAGAAGGGGUUUCCAAGGCGGAUUUCUGUUGCCAUCGUCCUAAAGUGAGCGGCGGUGUUCCAACCUGCCACGCCUCAAUGCAAUGGGAUCCUGGGAGUUGUAGUUUUGGGGAGGUGUGGAGGAAGAAGCCUGUCACCAUCACGACCCGCAGCUUUUAUUUAUUUGUGUCGUUCCUAGAUUGCAAUGCCUGGCCCGCUCUUCACAGAGCAAAGGAGAGGAAUCUCAGGACGAGAGAGCUGUCUUGAAAAACGGAUAGACUUUGGUGUUUUCGGAUAGACUCCGGCUACAUCUCCGCUGCAGAAUCAAUGCAAGUGCGACCUCCCUUUGAGCCAUCCUGGGAGUUGUAGUUUGGGGAGGCCCCAGCCCUCUUUGGCAGAGAAGGCCAAAGACCUUGUAGAACUACAACUCCCAGGACUCUGUAGUUCAAGUGGUUUGAAACUGCAUUAAUUCCGCAGCGUAGAUGCCCCUUCAGACCGGUAAUGCAGGGAGACGCGUAAGGGACGUACACCUAUCACCUUUUUACAUACAUAUAUAAAUAUUAAAGCCUAUGUAUCUAUCUAUAUAUAUCUGUAUCCAUGUGUAUAUUGUAUCUAGGCAAGGAUCGCCCGUGUUUGAUUUCCCAUGCCCAACUAAUAUAACUUGACUAUAUGUGUUUGUGUAUAUAUAUGUAUGUAUGUAUAUGUAUGUAUAUAUAUAUGUAAACUAUAUAUGUAUAUGUUUGCAUGUGCUGAAUUAAUGCAGUUUGAGCCCACUUGGACUGCUAGGUUGUCCUGGGAUUUGCAAUCUUUGCAAAACUACAACUUCCAGGGAUAGAAUCCUAGAAUCAAAGAGUUGGAAGAGACCUCCUGGGCCAUCAUCCAGUCCAACCCCAUUCUGCCAAGAAGCAGGAAUAUUGCAUUCAAAUCACCCCUGACAGAUGGCCAUCCAGCCUCUGUUUAAAAGCUUCCAAAGAAGGAGCCUCCACAACACUCCGGGGCAGAGAGUUCCACUGCUGAACGGCUCUCACAGUCAGGAAGUUCUUCCUCAUGUUCAGGUGGAAUCUCCUCUCUUGUAGUUUGAAGCCAUUGUUUCGCGUCCUAGUCUCCAUGGAAGCAGUAAACAAGCUUCCUCCUUCCUCCCUGUGACUUCCUCUCACAUAUUUAUACAUGGCUAUCAUGUCUCCUCUCACCCUUCUCUUCUUCAGGCUAAACAUGCCCAGCUCCUUAAGCCGCUCCUCAUAGGGAUUGUUCUCCAGACCCUUGAUCUGCUCCCUCCUCCCCGUGACUUCCUCUCACAUAUUUAUACAUGGCCCUCAUCAUAUCUCCUCUCACCCUUCUCUUCUUCAGGCUAAACAUGCCCGGCUCCUUAAGCCGCUCCUCAUAGGGAUUGUUCUCCAGACCCUUGAUCAUUUUAGUCGCCCUCCUCUGGACACAUUCCAGCUUCAUAACAUUAAGCUGUUGCAGUUCAAGUGGCACCAAACUGCAUUCAUUCUGCAGUGUAGAUGUACAAUAUGUGUGUGUGUGUGUGUGUAUACGCACCCACGCGUACAUAUACAUAUAUACAUUUACAUAUAUAUAUAUAUUUAUAUGGAUAAUGUUACUGCAUUGGGUUUGCAGGAUAAAGCACUUUCGAGACUCAGAUUAUUAUGUGUUCGUCUUGUGUUUCCUUUAUUUUUUGUACUUUAAUUUCCUAGCACAGAUUCAAUUUGCUCUAUUAUUUUGUACACAAACGUGGUGUGUGUGCGUGUGCGUAUGUGCGUGCGUGCGUGCGUGUGUUUGGUCUGAGUUCAUAAACUAUUAUUAUUAUUGUUAUUAUUAUUAUUAUUGUUAUUAUUAUUAUUAUAAUGAUAAGUACUAUUUUUGUUAUAAUUCCAAAUAGAUAUUUAGUAUUAAAA